AUGGCCAAAUUCAAAAAACCAGACCCAAAAUCUCAACCAAAAACAACCCCAAACUGGCCACCCCUCCGCCCCCUCCUCCCCGCCGCCGAUCUAACCCUGACCCCCCUCCUCACCGACCAAAUCUACCUCAUCCGCAAUUUCCUCCCAAGCACCCUAUGCAAAACCUACGCCUCAUUCCUCGCCUCUCUUCCACUAACAACAACCCCGGGAACCCCCAAGAAAGAUGAGGCCUUACGCGUCAACGACCGAUUCCAGAUCGACGAUGCGCGGUUUGCGGAGAUGCUAUGGAGCACGACGGCGCUGAAAGAGCUUGUCACGACGCGUUUUGAAGAAGAUGAGUAUGGGUACGAGAACACAGAUGAUAGUAUCUCGCCCGCGCUCGCUGAACGCGCACGUCAACUCUGGGGCGGAGAUCCGUUGGGGUUGAAUCCUAAUAUUCGUAUUUAUCGAUACUCGGCAGGACAGUUCUUUGGACAACAUUAUGACGAUGCUAAUAAUAUAACCCUGCCCCCGCCGAAUUCGCGAUCAAAAGCAACACCCGCACGCACCACCUGGACACUUCUUGUCUACCUGACGUCUUGUACAGGCGGUGAAACAGUCUUCUAUCCUGAGCCGACGCGCGCGAACCGUAAUCCGGAGCCGAUAGCUGUUGCGCCGGAGGUUGGGAUGGCGCUGUUGCAUCGUCAUGGAGAUCAUUGUAUGUUGCAUGAGGGAGUUGAGGUUACUGGAGGGGAGAAGUGGGUUUUGAGGAGUGAUUUGGUUGUGCCGAGGUGA